GGCUCUGAUCCAAAUCCGUGGUCAUCCAUCGCUAAACCUUUCUCCCCAGUACCCCUCUCUCUUUCUCCGGCUUUGGAGUCUCCGGCGAAGAACGACCAGUCAGCACCAUGAAUGCUCCAGACCGCUACGAGCGCUUCGUUGUGCCGGAGGGGACCAAGAAAGUAUCGUAUGAGAGAGAUACCAAGAUCAUCAACGCAGCAUCUUUCACGAUUGAGAGGGAGGAUCACACGAUCGGGAAUAUCCUCAGGAUGCAGUUGCACAGAGACCCAAAUGUCCUUUUUGCUGGAUACAAGCUUCCACACCCACUGCAGUACAAGAUCUUAGUCAGGAUUCAUACGUCAAGCCAGUCGUCACCGAUGCAGGCGUACAACCAGGCCAUUAAUGAUCUUGAUAGGGAGCUUGAUUACUUGAAGAAUGCAUUUCAGGAUGAAGAACAAAGGCAUCUGAGAAGCAGCUACUAGUAAAUGUUUGGAUGGUUUCUGAAUCAGGUGCUUGAUCUACGUAGAAUCCAAACAUGGUCAGCUAGAACUCGUCUCUGGAGCUCAAUUAGGCAUUUACUAUCGACUGUCUGGAACUUGUAUGGCACAAGAGCCUUUUGAUUCAUAUACAAAACCAACCUCCAUCUUUCUGGGGAGAAAAAGACGGCGCUUCAUUUCUAUGUGCAAUAUCAUCGAGAUUCGUGAGUCCUUGUCUUGUCCUAAUAGGUUUCUCCACCAUCUAGCACAUCAUUGAUGACGUGAAUGGAACUUGUACGAGUAUCAAGACUCUCAUUGAGGGGUUAAGAUCAUAAUAUAGAUGUGAUUCCUAAUA